AUGUCAAACGUAACGGAAAUUCAAUUCCCGGAAUUUGAAACACUUGAUUAUUUAGAUCAACUUUCCUUCCAAUCAGUUCGAUGGUUAUAUUCUAUUAAGUAUGUGUCUCCACAACUAGUAGCUCCAUUACUCACGGUUGCACUUGCCUUACUGAUUGUUACUAUAGGAGCGUAUUCCACGUUAGCUAAACCAAGAGAUGCACUAGAUAGUAACUUAGAUAAAGAUGAAAAUCCCAAUUGGGACCCCACAGAUAAUGAUGGAUCUACAUUUAUUAAGUCAUCUAAAUUAGAAUUGGAAUUGUUAAACCAUGAAUCUUUAAGUCUUUUACAUGCCUUCCUUUUACCUAUAAUGGCAGGAGUAACCCUAUACACUUUGGAUUAUUGUCUUAAGAAUAUUUCUAAAGAUAAACUAAUGAGAUAUCUUAAUUGGUAUAUGCUUAUCACUUGUCCCUUCUCUCAUAUUAGUGUGUUGGACUAUAUGAUAACUGCUACUACAAGAACAUUAACCCACAAAUUAUUGGGGAAGAAUUCUUCUUGGAUCUUUAAAAGAUAUAGAUUAGUAAUGUCUUCAGAUGCUGAAACGUUUCCCUUAGGUGUGGUUGAAUAUCUUGAAGCUUCUACUUUCAAGAAAGAUGAUUCAUGGUUUCAAAAGUUUAAAAUCCAUUUGAAGGAACAAGGCGUUCAAAUAAUUCAUCCCAAAACUCUUAAAAGGGCCAACCAACCAUUUAGUUUGGUUUUCGAUAGUAAAUAUCUUUUCAGUGGUCCAUUAGCAUUAGCGUGCGGAUAUUUAUUUUACCAGUACAAUCCAGUGUUAAACUCUUCUUAUUUAUUACCAUCAAAUAAUUGGUUGGUUACCAAUUUAAUGGGUAUUAACUUUGCCAUAUUCGGUAUCAAACAUCUUAAAAUAUCUAACUUCACCAUUGCUUAUUGCUUGCUUGUUGCCUUGUUUUUCUACGAUAUCUAUUUUGUUUUCGGGAAUAAGAUCAUGAUCAAAGUUGCAACUGGAAUUGAUAUCCCAAUCAAAUUGUGUAUCCCUUUGAAACCUUCUGGUGAUUUAUAUCAUAGCUUUAGAUUAAGUCUUUUGGGACUUGGGGAUGUUGCACUUCCAGGUGCAUUAAUUUCUUUAUGUCUCAGAUUUGAUUUAUCCAACUUCUACAAGAUUGAGCCUUUACCAUUUCAUCAUUUGAAUUCAUUCCCAACUCCUUAUUUCAAGACUUCGUUGGUAACUUAUACCGCAGGAUUAAUUGGCUCUUACUGUGCCUUGAAUUAUUUCAAAUCAGGUCAACCAGCUCUUUUAUAUAUUGUUCCAAGUAUGUUGUUGGGUAUUACCUUAAUGGCAUAUAUUCGUGGAGAAUCAAGGGCCUUAUUCCAAUAUAGUGAGCAUAUAGAAGAAUUUGAUCUGAACAAGAAUGAAGAAAAUGAUGAUAAAUCAAUGGUUUUGAUCACAACUGAUGAAGAUACAAAUGAAGAUGAUGAUUAUCUUUAUGAAGAUCCAAACGAUUCUUAUGAUGAAUGGGAAGCCAAAGUUGAACUUAAAAGACUGGGUACAGAGGAUCUUCACAACUUAUUGGAAGAACUUAUUGAUGAUGACGAUGAUGAUGAUACUUUCCUUAUCAAUUCAGACCAAGAUCAAGAAUCUGGUGAUGAAAUCGAUGAAAUCGAUAUUGUCGAGGUAGACGAAAUUGAACUCAUAAGACUUCAAAAUGAUUUAAGACAAGAACCACGGGAAUGGUACAGUGAUGAUGAUGAAGAAGAAGAAGAAGAAGAAGUUGAGAAUGACGGUGACAAUGAUGACGAUGAUGAAGAUGAAGAAGAUAAAGUUUAUAUUCUUCAAUAA